ACUCCCAAAGCCCAGACACACAAUGCCUUCCCUUUCAACGGAGAAGCCCUUGCAACUUCAAAACCCACCCCUCCACCACCCUCACCAUUUCAAGUUCGAGUCGGCACGUGAGGUCCCCGACUCGCACGUGUGGCCUGCCGUCGACGACCACCCUUCGGUCGACUCCGGCGGGCCUGACUCCGUCCCUGUCAUCGACAUCUCAUCGGUCGAUGCGGUCUCGCUCAUCGGUCAAGCUUGUGAAUCUUGGGGGGUGUUUCAAAUUACAGGCCAUGGGGCUGAUUUGAGACUGCUCGAUAGCUUCGAGUCCGAGGUUAGGAGGCUCUUCUCCCUUCCUACUGAACUCAAGCUGAAGGUCGGCCGGACCCAGAGCGGGCUAUCGGGUUACGGGCUCGCCCCGAUAUCCUCCUUCUUCUCCAAGCUCAUGUGGUCAGAGGGAUUCACCAUCUCCGGUUCACCUCUAGAACAUGCACGCAGGCUUUGGCCUAAGGACUACACGCACUUCUGCGAGGUGAUUGAGGAGUACAAUAAGGUGAUGAAGAGGCUAGCAGAGAGGGUGCUGCACCUGAUGCUCCUCUCGUUGGGCCUAACCGAGGAGGACAUCAAAUGGACCGGGGCCGUGGACAUAUUCCAAGACCUGACCUCGGUGCUCCAGUUGAACACGUAUCCCUUGCUGCCCAACCCGUGACCGGGCCAUGGCCUUGCUGCCAUACCGACUCAGCCUGCUGACAUUCUGUACCAAAGCGCCACGAGCGCCUUCAGUACUUCGCCUGAGGACCUUAGGCCCGCCCGAUGGGUGACGUCCACCAACCCCGGGGCCCUGGUCAUCAACGUCGGCGAUCUGGCCAUAAUUCUUCCAACGGUCGGUUUUCACAGCGUGCUUCAUCGCGCCGUCGUUAAAGGACCCGCCCACGGAUUUCGCGGCCUUCAUAUGUGGCGCCAGCCCACGAGGUUCGCCAUCGUCAAGCAUGGGCCCGGUUUACGGCCCAUAUCAUGGAGAGAGUACUUGGUGAAGGCCAGGCUCUUUGACAAGGCUCUGGCAUCCAUAAAAGUAUCAGAAGACGAUCGUAACAGCAAGUCGUGCUCCUUGCUGCGUGUAAUUAACCAUUUUGUUCCUGUCACUGUCAGAGGUUUUGAGUUUAAUUUUCCAUCAAUGUGA